GCAACUUGCUGUUUAAAGUUGGUCUCGUAAUUCGUGUAUGAUUUUUACGUUUAUUUUUUUAAUUUCUGAGUGAAAUUUUAAAAUGUAUACUGUUUCUAAGGGACCCAGCAAAAUUGUAGCCAAAACUCGAAGAGGCCUCUCACAGAACUUAGAAAGAUUGGACAGCCGUAAAGAUCACAAUAGGAAGUCAUCAGAGUCUGAUAAUGGAGAAAUCAUCAAUAUGCCUAAGCCUAUAUUUCAUUCCAAUGGUAAAAAGACAAUACACCAAAGAAUACAGCACCAUGUGAUUACGCCGCAACAUGAGGAAAUUAUCAGAUUUAUCAGUGAAACUUGGACACAGACAGCUUAUGGAGAAAGUGAGCCAACAACUCCGACAAGUACAAAUGAAUCCGGCAGCUCAUCACCAGCACCUCCAUCCAACCUGUAUUACCAGGAUGACGCCCCCAGCCCAGUCCUCCGAGACUUCAAACCCUUUGACUUGGAGACUUGGUGGGGCAAGCGACUCUUCCAGAACAUCACCAACUCGCUCUGAGGUAGCAAUGUUUAAUAAGAAGAUGAUGAAACAAAAAAGUUGGCGGUAGCAUAAGUCACAAUCAUCUGUAGUUUACUAAAUUUUUGUUUAAACCAGAAUUUAUUUACAAUGGAAACAGCCAUUUUGCUGUUUGCUUAAUUAAGAAACAUGGAUUUAAUUUUGUGGAGCGAAUUAGUCUAUGGCUAUCCUAUUUUUUCUAGUGUUACUUGAUAGAAAAGCAAACCACUCAAAGAAAUAUCAAUCAGAACUGAAUGCAGUUCUCAAUUAAAUGAACUAAGGAUGUUGUUUUUAACUAAGCUAAUUUUAUGUAAUAAUGAAUUUAAUUAUGUGACAUGCUUUUGAAUACUAUCACUACAAUUAUUGUAGUGAAUAAACAAUUUUAUCUUAUCAAACAGAUAAUGACGUGAAUUUAUAAAAAAAGUUAAGUAAUCUACAGUUGAUUGUGGAUCUCAGUAGUUAUGUCAUAUCAUAAGUAAAAUUUUCCAAAAGCUCAAAUUCUUUUGCAUUGUUAUUGUGAACCAAUAUUCUUUAAGAUUGUUAUGUUGUGUGAAUGUUAUAUAGUUUUUGAUUGAUGAUAAUGAAUUAUAUCGAAUUCGAAUCGACCGUUUACCAAAGAAUACCUUUACUGUCAGUUGUACCAGAGAGGAAACAUAAUAUUUUUGCCAAAUGUACCUACAUUAUGAGCCAAAUUUAUUUACUGUGACUUUAUUAAGUAGCAUUGUUCUACCGUGUCUAUAUCACAAAUAAUGUUACAAAAUGUGACAUUACUUUUUUGCAGCUAUUUUACAAAGUUAUACAUUUAUUAAUGCCUUUUUGCAAUAAUUGCGUAUUGCAACCUAUACUUUGAAGUGCCUAAUUACAGCAAUAGUAUAAACAGUAUUAUACAUUGUUAUAUGACAGAAAGAAUAUUGUUAAAUUGUAAAUAUUUAAAAGUCUUGCAUUACUUAUAAACCAAAUCAUGUACUUGAGUAUUAAUGUCAGACGUGUUCCAUAUUUGUUUCGCGUAACCAUAGAGCUGGAGAGGUCUUUACAGAUGUUUUUUUUUGCUUUGACAGCCUCAUUGGUCUCAAGCGCUAUUUUAUUCUCGUUAAUUUUGUAAUUUGUACAUACACAAGUUAUAGCACUUUGCUAUGCACCUUUAUAGUUUUAUUUCGUUUUUCAUGUUUAUACUGUAAAAUACAAUGAAGUUUUAUUUUACUAAAAGUCAAUUCAUAGGUUUAUUGUAAUCUAAAAUGAACAUGGAAUUAAUAACUUAUGACCUCGAAUUGUAUCAUCACAAAAUUGUAUCGACUCAAGUUUUUGCCUGUUUUAUUAUAACCCAAAGUUCCUGUGGACAUUUAUUCGAUAAGUUACUACUCGAAAGAUUUAUGUGAAAAAUAGUUUUUUAAUGAAAAUGUUACUGUUAUUGUUGUAUAAUGUUAAAUCGAUUGUUUUCAAUGUUUAUUUGUGUUGUAUCAAAGCUUCUGACGCUCGAGGCUGAACAAUGUCUUCCAGAACAAUAUAAUCUAGUCUGGCUAAGUGUUGUUACAUUUUAAAAACAUCUUCAUUAAUAUUAAUUGGAAGCUGGUGUCACCCCAUACUAUUGAAUGCGGGUUUAUCAUUUCAAAGUACAGACACUUUAAUUUGUAACAAAUUGUAGUCAGUUUAAGUAAUGCUGCUACAUACAUUAUAACAAUAUAAUCGUGUUACUCGUUUAGAAUCUUUGGAAUAUUGGUUUUAUUUCCUUUGUACAUAGAAAAUUUAGGAGAAUGUUUGUCAUAGACCUUCAUUUCCGAAUGAAAUAUCUUUACAGUUUUACUUGUUUUGUAUAUUUUAGUGCAGUAAUGUUGAUUAAAAGUUUACUUAAAUAAACUUUAAAAUAUAUUUUAAUCUAUUUGCUGUUGUGAAGAGAAUUUAUUUAUUACUGCAAUUGUGCAAGUACAAAACGAGUUGAAGCGUAAAGGCAAUAUUAACUUAUGCAAUAAGCAAUAAAUGCACAAACCAUAGUUAUAUAUUCUGACCUUUUAGAUGAAAUAUUUGAGUCGUAGUUUUAACGCAGGAGAAUAUUUUUAGACUGAUUUAGUUAUUAAAACGUUAUGCUUUUUGUUGUAGUUGAAUAAACCAUCUGAUUAAUUAUAUACUAUUUUUAUUUAAUAUUCUU